CUCAGCAGCAGUAAUUAUGGCCUCCAACUGUUCAGAGGUACCUGUCCUGCUAGAGAAAUACUACCUAUCCACCAUGUAUGGCUUGGAGUUCGCUCUUGGGGUUGUGGGGAACCUCGCGGUCGUCCUCAGUUACAUGCUCUGGCUUCGUCAGUGGAAGAGCAUUCAUGUGUACCUAUUUAACUUGGCAGUUUCAGACCUGGUUUUUCUGUGCACGUUGCCCCACAUCAUCUACUCCUACACCUGGAAUCAAAGGGAAACUUCUCCCUAUUUCUGCCUAAGUAACAGGUACAUUCUUCACAUGAACCUGUACUCUAGCUUGCUCUUCAUGGUUCUGGUGAGUAUGGAUCGCUACGUUCUGCUCCAGAAUCCACUAAGAAACCAUUUCCUGCUGAGGUGUAACACUGCUAUUGGAUUGUCGACCCUCUCCUGGCUUCUGGUCACCAUGCAAGUGGCCCCGCUGGCAUUCUUCAUUGUCCAGGACCUGCAGACGCAAAACUGGACUCAUUGCAGUGACUUUGGAAGUAUGUCAGGCCUACAAACAUCGUACUACUUGAGCUACAGUCUGAUUCUCACAGCGACUGGGUACAUUAUGCCCUUGCUGAGCCUCGGCUUUCUCUCCCAUCGGAUCGCACGCUUCCUGAAAACUCAGGAAGGAAUCUUUGUCCAGCGCUCUGUGUCCUUUCACCGACCCCUGUGUGUGGUUCUUAUGUCUGUCCUCAUGUACUUGCUGCUGUACUCCCCUUACCAUGUGAUGCGCAACGUAUAUAUUGGGUCACGGCUGUUUAAAGACAGUGUGUCUCCGUGCACGCAUGACAUCAUAAAGAGCCUGUACAUCCUCAGUCGCCCCGUGGCUUUUUCUCACAGCGUCGUGAACCCUGCCUUGUACUUCUUCAUGGGAGACCAGUUCAGGGAGCUGCUGAUCAGUCACAUCUGGCUGCCAUAUCGAACACAAGGGACUUCCAGCUAG